AUGGCAGCCACGUGCGUGAAGGACCGGCUGGCCCGACAAGUACGACGAGGACAAGGCCAAGUGAACCGGGCCAAACGCUCCUUCACGCACGUGGCCGCCGUCGACGAGACCAAAGCCAAAGCAGGCAACUCCAGGGACGAGGGCCAUUUGUUCAGACGGUUGUCGGCACUCCUCGCGACGCCGAUUUGGGAACAUGCGAUCGGGUUCACCCUGCAGUACAACCGUCUAAAAUUUUACGUCAUGGCUGCUUGCGGGGUGUUCUUUACCAACUCCAGAACGGUCACCAAAGAGAAUGGAGAGCUGUCGACCUUUUUAUACCGUCUCAUCAAACACAGUGAUCGGCUAAACGGCGUUCUUGCGACCACGACCUCGCUCGACGACCGCCACCGGACAAUCGUCCGACCAACACGUCCGUAG